AAGGAAAAUAUUUUGGUGAAAUUUUGGGCAUAUUUUUUAAAUUAUGUGCCUUUCGGACAAAACGAACAAAGGUAUCGUUUAGUAUAAAUAGUAUUAUUUAGUUCCCCGUUUUAUAAACUAUGGAAAUUGCAAAGGAUCAAACGAAGAAAAAGAAGAAAAACAAAGGAAAUAAAGCCGGUACUCACAAUCAAGAUUAUACUUCCACUGAUAAUCAGGAAUAUUUUGAAUCGGUCGCCGCGAGCUCAGUCGAAUGCAUUCCUACUAUAGAAUGCAGCACAUCCUCUGACAAAACCAAAUUAGAAACGAAUCAUUUCACAGACAUUUCAGGCAUUCAAGAAACUAACGACAAUGGGGAAAUAAUCAAUCAAAAUGAGUCUACGUCCAUUAUUCAAGAUAGCAAAAAGAUGCCUGAUAAUCAAAUCGUGUCUAUAGAGAGUGAUUCUGAAACGAACAAAAAAGACGAAAUAUUAGAAUUGCACAUCAGUGAAAAUUCCAGUAAUUUAGAAACUUUAAUACUUGAAGAGGAAAAUGCUGAAAAACCCAUCAGACUCGAGAAAGUCCUCAACGAUAACAAACAAUUAGUGAAAGAAAUAAAAAUGACUGAAACAAUUAACGAAAAUGACAUAGAAGAGAUUCAAUUGGACAUAAAACCAUAUACAGAAUCUCAACUAAGUGCGCUCUAUUACAAUCAGGAAUUAGUCACAUUAGAAACCUUCAUUGAUCAAUACGUUAACGCUGAAUUGAAAGGUACAACAAUGAAACAACAUCCUCUGCACGAAUUGCUAACAAACUAUCUAAAAAUCCGCGAGAGAAUAACGGGAAACACUUUGGAAUUGGAACAAAUCCGGAAGGAGUACAAAGCUAACCAAGAAAAUCUCUGGACAGGGGAAACUGUUACGGUCACAGGCAAAGGAAUGUGCCAGGAUGGAACGGCCGUUUCCGCUUCACAUAGCUACAAUCGCAGCAUCUUCCACAGAUCCGUGUUCCAGAAUAUCGUACGGAUAUUAGGAAACGUACAGGAUUUGACUUACGAAAAUCAUACACUUUAUACUUACUCUGCCGAGGACUUGAGACUUCAGAUCGAACUGUAUCUUCAAAGUGUAAUGCACAACUGCAUGAACGUGACCCAGUUAUCGAAAGAUGCUGCUGUAGCGUUGACAAUUCAAGAUGAACCUGCACAUCUUAAGCCGUAUUUCGGGGAACUUCGAAUGUGCAUCUCUAUCCUUUUUUCUUUCCAAAGGAAGCUGAUUAGAGAGAGCCAGUUUAUCAAGGAAACCAGAUGUUGGCUGUCCCAUUUAGUAGCAAUCUUGUUAAGGAUCGCCAAUUAUCAAGAUCAUUUAUUUAUAUUGAAUCACAUUUUAAGGUGUCCUGCUGGGGUUGGUUCCUGGGCGUCGUCGUUCGUUCAAACUCCUUUAGAAUUAAAUAACACCGAUUCGCCUUUCGCGAACUUUCAAAUCAACCAUCUGUUGACGAUAUUUUCCGCCAUUCUAACGCCUGUUGUUAGCAGAGAGCAAUUUCUAGAGGAUUUAUCAGUGAAAAACGACGCGUGCGCCGAAGCUAUAUGGGUUAUGGUGGAUUCCGAUGGCGAAGAAGACGACGAAGAAGCCUCCAUUAAACCUCUAAAAGAGAACGAUUUAGUGGCUUUGUUGAAUCAGUUGCCUUUAGACGAUUUAUUUAGGAAUAUUUUACUUAUCAGACAGAAAAACUUUCAGGAUGUGUACGAUGUCGAAUCGAUAACCGAACACCAUAUUUUAAGAUACUUGGCUUUUUCUACAGUAGUAUUAAAAAUAUUAUACAAAGGCAUCCAGACGUACAGUCAGCCCAGGUACAAUCAAUUUUCGAAGCGGCUGAGUCGCUUCAUAAGGCACGUAGCUCAAUACGCCACCGAUCAAUGGGAACAAUUUCUAAUGGUGCAAAGAUUAGACGACAAAGCGAUGCUGCACCGUCUGCAAGUCGAAUACGACGCGUUCUUCCUGCGCGCCAUUUAUUACUUGUAUUCUUCCCAAAAACUCGGCGCUUGGCAAUUCCUCGCCGUCAUUCCCUACAACAUGGUAUCGAUAAAAACCCUGUGGAAGGUGUUUUUCUUCCUUCACAGCACCGACGAUCAGGCCGUGGACAUUCUGAAUCCGCACGCGAAGGACGAUUACAGCAGGAAAAUUUGGGAGAAGGAACUGAGGGGGCAAUUCGAGGAGAAAUUGGGUUGCCUAGAGGAUGCUGAAGUGUAUUAUUUGCUGAAUACGUUCGCGAAUAUGGCGCUGGCACGCGGCGACGCCGACAUGGGCUUCAUUCACUCGGCUACAUUGGAUUUGUUGCAUGUGGGAUUUUUGAACGCGGCCACGCAGGAAUCUUGCUCGAAAUCGGCGAGAAUCCUACUAACUCACGUCACUUCGAAACAUCCCCAUUUGCUUUCCAAUAUUCUAAAAGAAGUGAAAGAUAACAUGGAUAAAAUCGGCGCUUUGUCGCUCUAUUUAUACGAAGAAUUACCGUUAUCCAUAUGGAGGCUCAGCGAUAACGAUUUGGAAUUGAUUUCGAGAUUGCUUCUAAACAAUCCCAUGGGUAGCUACGAGAGCAAAUUGUCCCGGAUGAUACUAUCGAGGUUGAAUUGGGAUCGAAUACCGUACGAAAUCCAUUGCGAAGUAGCCCUGCUGGUCGUCCAAUGCGCCUUCCAAGAACCCGGCAUCGAAAAUUGGGCCUGGCAAACCGUUCUAAGACUGAAAUUGCACAUCAGCGACAAAGCUUUCACCGAAAUCGGUCGAGUACAAGACCUGGAGCGUUUCGACGUGCUCACGAAAGGCGUCAGGGAGCAAAACUGCCUGGCCGUAUUCGUGUCGCUCCUGAUGACCUCCUGGGGCCACAUGGUACCUCUCGUCUGCACCAAAGGCCUCGCGCAGUUGCUCUACUUGCAAUCGCAGCAGAAACACGAAGCCGUACUGUUCGCCCUCUACCUCAUCGUGCCGAUAUUCGUGCACUCGCAGGAGUGCAUGAUCAACCUGGAGAAGUUCCAAGAGAUCCUAAUGAACCUGUUAAACGCCGAUAGGGGCUACGUGUCUAUGGCGAAGAGUUUGGUCUAUUCCCAGAAUACCGUGUUGCAACAGUUCGGUAACAUGAUAGAAUCGCAGAUCGUGAAUUACAGUUAUUACGGCUUGGAUAGUCCCCGUUAUCUCGUCAGAUUGUGGACGAAUUCGUUAGUUUCCAUGUCCGGUUGGAACAAAGAUAUGGGUAUAAUGCACCUAAUGGAUGUCAUAGUUCGAACAGCCUUCCUCUACAGCGACACCAUCGAUACCGUUUACGAUAUUCUAAGGGAUCUCUCGCAGGCGAACACGCCGCAGGAGAGUCCAGGCGCGAUAAGUUCCCUAUUCAAGUGGGUGUCUAGCAACAAUUCCAACGGUAGUUUAAUAUCGAAUUCGCUCUCCGCCUUCACCUGGCUGGCCUAUUUGACUAUAUCCGUGGAGCACGAAGAACGGGAGCGCCGCACCGGUUUAUGGAACGAAAUCCUCGUGCAAUUGAGCAAACAAAAGGGGAAAAUCAACGUAGAUUUAGCCAUCAAGAAAGCAGCGAGUUCUUUGAAAAUACCAUCGUUCGUGUCGAGUUACCUGUGCAUAUACCGCUGGGCCCAGCAGGCGCUGGAUACGCCGUUGGACCAUCCGCUGUUGCCGCUUCUUUGGCAGAAAUUCUUCAAUUUAUUUCUGGCGCGCAUACCCAAUCCCAGUAUAGUCGAGAAAUCGUGCGUCGGCGAAAAAUUCUUCGACGGUUUGGUGAACUUCGGUUUCUUCAAGAGGAUAAAGCGAAGAUUGCAACAGUCCAUCGAAUAUUUCAGGGAUAAGAUCGAUGUUAAAGACGAGGAAAACGAGGAGCUUUCGAAGAAACCCUUCUACCAGUCCUGCGAGAGGAUAUUCAGGGCUUAUUCGCUGUGGUUGGAAGAGCCCAGGUUGCAAGAGAACAAUCUUUUGUUGAAAAAUCUCCCGCCACAAUACGAACCGGACCGAUUGAUUAGGAUAAUGCAAGGCGAAAAUACGCCCUGGAUGGAUUUCCUCGACAUAGAAAAACUAACGAGCCAACAACAAUCGCACGUCCGCGUGUGGAGAAUCAACAAUUUCAGGGAAAAAACCAACGUCAAUCGACCGCUAUUGAACCCCGAAAGCAACGAUCCCAUCCAAAGAAUCAUCGCCAGGCUAUCCUCCUACGACAAGCCCAAGCCGGCCCCGACCGUCGCCUUCUCCGCCCCCGUCGUGCCCAACAUAGAAUUCGGCAACGCCGAGGAGAUGUUCAAAUCGCUCGAACAAUGCUUCAAAACGCUCAAGCAGUGCGCCCACAACCACGCGCUCAAACUGUCCGAACAGAAGGCCUUGGACAGCGCCUACAAGGAGCUGGCGCCCCAGCUCUACCGAUCCGUGCUCAAUCGGGUCAAGAAGAAAGUGCCUUGCAAAGGGAGGAAUCAAACGUGCUACUGCGCCGGAGCGGCGGAGAUUGUACUAGAAAUGCAGGAAGCGAGGAUUAACGAGAGGAUAGACCAUCAAAUAACAUCGAACAGGAGUACUUACGAGUCUUUAUUGGCCCAAGCCUUGCAGCCCGCUUCGUUGAAUUUAUGCUCGGCUUCGGUGACUCUACAGAAAACCAUCAGUACGCUACAAGGUCAGCUCUAUUGUAAUCCGUGCACGGCCGAAUUGGGCGUGGAGCUCUUCUACCGCAUCCUGUCGAUGUUAAACGAGGAAAUCGAAGCCUAUCCGCCGACGAAGACGCUGUUUUCCGUGUGCCUGGAGCGGCUGGGCCAGUCGCACGUGCGCGCCGUCGAACGGGAAAUGCCCAGGCUGUUGAACAAAAUCCUGCAGGACCCGAAAGCUAGCGAACAUUUGGCCCCGCAUUUUUCGCCAGGCGACGCCGGCACCGCCAAUUUGCUGCUCAUGUACUCUACCAUAUGCAGGGACAUGGGACGCAAACACGACGUGGCGUUCGCUCUUCUAUCCAAAUUCGAAAUCGAGAAUUGGCUGGGCCGGAAGAACCCGAAGAUAAGCCAACGGUCCCAGUUGGUUCAACUCGUAGUCGAAGCGCUGACAAAAUUGGGCUACGAUCCGCCCGUGGAGGCGGCCACGUUGCAUUGCCUCUACCGCAGGCACCUGUUGCUUAUAUUCGAACACCAAUUUCCCGAGCACUACGGCGAGGUGUUGGUGUUGCUGUUGAAGGCCAGCUCGGCGAAUCCCGAGGCGAAUUCGUUGUCGGAGAGCGUGUGGAUGGACGUGUUGAAUUUUCUAUCGCAACCCGUUCCGUUGAAUCUGAAAGCUCCUCUAAGAGAUCAAUUGAGACAGUACGCGCAACACCAGAACGUUUUGCAGCAUCAAGAACUGCUCGAUACCGCCGAGUUACUGGCCAGGCACUUUACGCAGGAACGGCUGCAGUACGGGAUUUACGGCUUGUAUCCCAAAUGCCGGGUUUACAUGGACGUGUACACGCUGCUACUCGGCACCGUCGGGCACGGUAUUAUUGUUAGCAUGUUGAACACUCAUCAAGGUCUAUUGGGCGAUAAAUUGUGCGAGAAAAUAUGGCCGUACCUAAGGGACAUGUUCGCCCCGUGGCUGGUGCCGUACUCCAUGCAGAAUCUCAAGGAGAACAUGGCCUCGUGGAUUCAGCAAUUGGCUGAUGACAGAUCAGUGCUGUUGCCUUGGAUACCCGCUGAUACGGGGUUCGCUCAGAAAAUCCUGUGCUCUUUCAGGGAAUGCGUAUCGUUUGUGAUUCACACACUUCCCGCAUCGAGUAGCAUUUUGAGCUAUAUUUGGCAGUGGUACGUGACGUGUUACGCGCACAAAUCGGUGAAAGAUCACGUAUUAACCUCGGUGCACAAGACAUUCCUGACGUUCCCUUGGCACAAUUUCUGGCCUUCCGUCGUGGACGUUGAGUACAUGCUGAAAGUCGUUGACCAAUACCUGCCGGAGUGCCACGCUUUCUUGGGGCACGUUUUCACGUCGAUACAUUGGUCGAAUUGGCUGGGACAUUUAUCGGCGGCGCCCGAGAAGCUGCGAAUUCGAGUGCACGAGUGCUUCUUUAACCUAAUCGUUAAAUUGUGCAACGAGCCGAACGUUCGAAAGAACCAAUACGAACAGGCCAAAUCGCUGUUAAUCCAAGCCGAGCAAUUCGAUUGGACCAUUUUGGACGGUCCUCGCUACCAGUACGUCAUGGACUGGCUGGUCAUGAGCUGUGAUCCGUCUGUGAUAUUCAAAAACGAUCCGCUUGAUUUAGAUUAUAGAUUACUACAUUUUCUUAAAGUGGCGGCCGCCCCGACGCCGGAUAGCACCAUUAAGAGGCUGAUAUUCAUCAAAACUACCGUUAAGUUGCUUUCGGUUUAUUCGAAUCGCAACAAAUCGAGUAUAUCCAGAAAAGAACAAGAUAUAGCCGUGCUGGUAACGCGUCAAUUGAACGAUUUAGAGACGACCGUAAGCGACGAGAAUGAAUUGAUUAUGUUAUUAUCGGAGAUAUUGUGCACAUUAAAUAUAGACGAUGUGAAAUGCUUCGCUUUGGGCAGUUUUAUCAAAUGGAUCGAGAACAAACCAGGCAACGGGAUCGUCAUUAGGUCACUGUUGAAGACUUUGGGAACAGUUGUGACUGAUUACGAUAUAUUGGCUAGUCUCCUGGAAGUUACAAUCAGCAGCUAUUUUGUAAAUACAGUUUCAGAUGAUUUUCAACCCAAUUGGAGGGAAAUAGGCGAAUUAUUGAACAUAUCGAUACCCAAACAAACCGAAUUACAACAAUCCAUUUUGAACAAGAGCUGCUUACUAGCUUUAAACGCUAUUUUAGUGCAAAUGAUGUCUAAACAAAACAACACGGAAAUCCUGCUGAAUUUGUGCCUAGAGUGGCUGGUCAGCGUCAAAAUAAGUGAAUCAACGGAACCGAAAAUACCCCUAAUUUGGUGCGGAUUUUUAAUGCUAACCUUGCAGCACGCCGACAAAGACGAGCCCCACAGCGGAGCGGUGCUGCACAAAUUCGCCCGCAUCCUGCUGCAGAUAUCCGACGAAAAAGGGCCCGGGAAAUGGGGCCGGGGCAUACUCAGCGCCAUCGGGCUCAGCAAACAGGGCCCGGUGUCGGCGGAGUUCAAGUUUCUCUGUCGAGCUCUGGCCGGGUACGUUUUGGCGCAGUUGCCCGAGAUGAAGGGCGAGCCGCAGGCGGUGAGGAAAUUCGCCAAUGCUCCUGCUAGGGUCGGGCAAAGCGGGGGAAAUACCGAGUGCGUUAAGGUGUUGUUGACUAUGGAUUUCGGACAAUCCCAGGGGAAGAUUAAAGAGUGCGCUGAGCUGUCUUUGAAGCAGAUACAAGACUCGAAUAAUUCGUUGCACAACGCGCGGAAAUUCGUAAUGCUUUUAGUUAAGCAGUUUUACACGAAGCCGUAUUUAAUUGAUAUCGGUUAAUAAUUAAUUUGUAAUACAUUAUUAUUGAUUUUGUAUUGGUUACCUUUCGGCGCCAAAGAUUUCGCAGACUUUUUCGUUAUUUUUUGCCGAGUUUAAUUAGUAUUAACGAAUUUUAUAUUAUAAAAAUAACAGCGGAUGGAAUUUUAAGUGUUAAGAUUAAUUUUUUCGGUUAUCGUUCUUUAUAUUAUUCUAAUAUUGAAUAGGUUUCAAUAAAAAUAUAUAGUGAUUAUUUUGGUGAUAAAUCGUU